UUAUUAUGCAUUCGUCCGCAGUACGACUCCAGAUACGAUGAAGGAAUACACUCGAGAUACAUAUACAUAAAUAAAUUCUUUAAGUAGACUUCAAGAAUUAAGACCUUUCUUCUCAAUCUAUCGCACGCGCAAACAAAACCCUAGAACGAGCUCAGACCAAUGGAUCCUCAACCAGAGCCGGUAAGCUACAUCUGUGGAGAUUGUGGAAUGGAAAAUACUCUAAAGCCAGGAGAUGUUAUCCAAUGCCGAGAGUGCGGUUACCGUAUUCUCUACAAAAAACGCACCCGUAGAAUUGUUCAGUAUGAAGCUCGCUGAGGUCAGAUGAAGAUGUUGAUUUUGUUGAUGGAGGAUAGAGAAUGUGUUUGUCUCUGUUAAUGGAGAAUGUCUUUGUUGCACUGCAACUAGUAGAUGUAUUCGGUUUUUCUAUAGUUCAAGAGAAACUCUAACAGCUAUUGAUAUUAUUACUGGUUUGAUAAAGUUUAUAUGGAAGUAUCACAUUAAUGCUGGAUGACUAAUGUCUAUAUGACAUCUGUGAAUGGUUAAAUGGUUUAAAAGUUUGUGCUUGUAUAGUGCCUAAAUGAUUUUAUUUAUGUGUUUGGUUUUUCUGUUGUUGUUCAAGAGAGAACAUGUAAGAGCUAUAAUUCUGGAUGAUUAAUGUUUGUAUGACGUCUGUGAAUGGUUAAAUGGUUUAAAGUUUGAAUUGAGCUUGA